CCCUCGAUUCCGCUGCACUGCUCUCUGACCCCAGUGGCAAAGCGCGCUUACUGCACUCGUCUCUCUCGGGCUCCCCCUCUUCUCUUCUGUCUCCCUCCUUCCUUGGCUGUCGCAUUUCAGUGAGAGUGCUGGAGGAGAGAGACCCUGGGGGUCGAAGGUUCUGCCCUGCCCGCCGCGACCCCAACCCUUUACGGCUUCCGAAACAUCCGAUGCCCGCCGCCUUUGACACAUCAGCGGACCACCUCCAAGCGCUUUUGGGCCAAAAGAGAAGGUGGUGACUCAGAUUCAAGCCUCGGGACUAAAGGAUGCUUGCUCACCGGAUCUCCCCUGUUCCUCUGUGACCUGCUCAUGCCCCAACCAGAGGUGCCAUGGCGCGCAGAAUAUCCUCCCAGGGGAAGGUCACCAUCUCCGUGGAUGAGUACAGCUCCAACCCGACCCAAGCCUUCACCCACUACAACAUCAACCAAAGCCGCUUCCAACCCCCUCACGUCCACAUGGUAGAGCCGCUUCCUUACGAUGCACCGAAGUCUGUGGGUCAUACGCGUUUUGUCUGCGUCUCAGACACACACUCUAGGACAGAUGGAAUCCAGAUGCCUUUCGGCGAUGUGUUGCUUCACACGGGAGACUUUACUGAGCUCGGCCUGCCGUCUGAAGUGAAGAAGUUUAAUGACUGGUUAGGCGGCCUUCCCUACGAGUACAAAGUUGUCAUCGCUGGAAAUCACGAACUUACCUUCGAUAAAGAUUUUAUGGCGGAACUCAUAAAGCAGGAUUACUACCGUUUCCCCUCAGUGUCCAAACUGAGGUCUGAGGAUUUUGACGACGUUCAGUCCCUCCUCACAAACUGUGUGUACUUACAGGACUCUGAGGUCACCAUUAAAGGAUUCAGGAUAUACGGGGCUCCCUGGACCCCGUGGUUUAAUGGAUGGGGCUUUAACUUACCUCGUGGCCAGUCUCUCCUGGAUAAGUGGAACCAGAUCCCCGAAGACGUGGAUAUUCUUAUGACACACGGGCCUCCGCUGGGGUUCAGAGACUGGGUGCCUAAAGAACUGCAGAGAGUGGGCUGUGUGGAGCUACUCAACACUGUACAGAAGAGGGUCCGACCCAAACUUCAUGCAUAUGGAGGAAUCCAUGAAGGGUAUGGAAUCAUGACAGACGGUUACACCACGUUCAUCAACUCUUCCACAUGUACAGUGAGCUUCCAGCCCACCAAUCCACCAAUCAUAUUUGAUCUCCCAAACCCAGGAAACUCCUGAGACUCAUUGAAGCCUCUACUUUUUCUACAUAACUCUUCCUUAAUUAAAAGUAAAAAGUCUUUUUGUACUGCUUGUAUUUAAAUGCAUGGAAAUGAAAUAUUUUUUAAAGUCGGAUUGAAGCCGGCACCAUUUGAAUGACUAUUGAAACAUGUGAAUUC